AUGGAAGCAAUUUGGAACCACGUGCAAUUAGACCGUCCACCAAAUGCGAGUUGUCGUAUUGCAUGUCAAAAAGUCGAUGCAUGUAGAUUUCUGACGACUCUAGACAAAGUUAUACAAAACUUGACUUCUCAAGAACUGUUGCACAAAGAAGCAGCAAUUCUAAGUAGAUUAAUUUAUCGUAUGAAAAGUAAAUUUCGAAAUGACAAAGGUCUUAAGUCAAUGUCUAAAGUGAAUAAAGCCUUGCUCAAGUAUCUAAUGCUAUCUCUUGAAAAAGAUUAUAAAAAUUUGAAGGAUUAUGUUAGUAUAGGUGAAAAGUAUAUUACAUUACCUAGCAAACAAAUGGUAGAAUGUGUUUUGGUUAAAACACAAGGCUUUGCAAAACUCAUGUUACGUAUAGAAGAGGUUUCUAAAUACUCUGCACAUUUUCUUAAGUGUAGAAUAAAUAUAGGUCAUUCAUGGGGUACUGCUAUUAUUGCAUACUCUGUUGUAAGUAGAAUAUGGAUCUUAUCAAGGCACCUAGUUAAACAAUCAUGUGUUUGGUAUAACAGUUUAUAUAAUUAUCUAAGAUUAUUCGAAGAUUCUGGAUCAUACUGGCUUCCUGAAAAUUAUGUAUUCCCAAGUGAUUUAAAAUCAUGGCUAUUAGUACCGUGGAUAGAUGAACCUACUCCUAGGGUUCCCAAAAAUCAUGCAGUAACAAAUACUAUGUUCAAAUUAAUUACUCCUCGUGACUAUGAUUCAGAUGAAGAGAUACUUUCAGAUGUACAAGAUCUUAGCAAAGAAACAAAAUCUGAAAUUGCAUCUUUAAAUGUGGGGAAAGAAUAUAUACAGAAUCCAGUAACAAAUAUCGAAAAUAGCAAUAUUAUGCCUGAUGAUGAUACAGGAGCAAUUAUUAAUCGCCACCUUUUUAAUUUAAAACGCGCUCAAGAUGCACAAACGAGCUCUAAAAACGUAGAGCAAAAAAAAUUCAUAAAAGUUGAAGAAACAAAAGAAAAAAAGUAUGAUCCAGCAACAAGCAUUCAGAAUAAUGAUCAUGAAUUUCAUACUGAAAGUACAAGUGUAAAAAAAGUUAAAAACAUAACAGGAAAACCAAAAAAAUUGACAAAGAACAAAACUGCGCAAAAACUAUUAACUUUUGACGACGUUAAAAAAAAGUCGGAUUUACUCGCACUAUUAGGCAAAGAAUCAUAUCCCGGCUUCGACAAAUUACAAUGGAAUAUGAUUCGAAAUAAAAGUAAAAAAUUACUAGACAAAUUAGAGGCUUCUUCAAAAGAAACCAAGCAAUCGAUAAUAAUAAAAAAGGUAACGAAACGCAUAAAAAGUUGGACUACUUAA